AUGAGUAAGAAUAAAAAAGGAAAAAAAAAGGAUGAUUUAGACGCAAUUUUAGCUGAAUUCGGAAUAGAUGAAAAAAGAGAAGAUGAAUUAAAUGAACAAAAAAAUGAAGAAGAAAAUGAAGUGACAAAAAUUUCAAAAUCCAAAAAAAAAAAAGAAAAAUUAAAACAAAAAAAAGAACAGAUGAAAAAUAAAGAAAAUGAAGAAAAAAAAGAAGAAAAUCAAGAAAAUAACGUAGAAAUGGAAAAACCAUUGGAUGAUAAAAUAAAAGAAGGGGAAAAUGUAGCGGAGGUUAAUGAUGAUGCAAUUAAAAAAAAUAAAAAAAAAAAAAAAAAAGAAAAAGAAAAAGAAAAAGAAAAGGAAAAAAAAUCUGCAGCUGUAUCAGAAAUUGCAAAAGCUGCUGCAGAAAGAUUACGUUUGAUAAAAGAAUACGAGGAAAAAAAAAAGGAAGAAGAAAGAUUAAAAAGAGAAGAAGAAGAAGCAAGAAUUAAAAAAGAAGAAGAAGAAAAGGAAAGAAAAAGAUUAGCUAAAUUAGAAAAGAAAAUGCAAUUAAAAAAAGAAGGAAAAUUACUAAGUGCAAAAGCUAAAGAAGAAAAAAAAAAAAAAGAAUUAUAUUUAAAAACUUUAAAAGAAGCAGGUGUAUUAGUGGAGCCUAAAGAAAAGGCAAAAGCAGAAGUUAUAAACUUUGAUAUUAAUAAAACAAAGUUACUUUUAAAAAAAAAAAAAAAUAAGCCAACCACUAAUAAUAAUGCAGAAGAAAAAAAUAAGCAGUUAUUAAAUAAUGAAAAGGAGAAUAAGGAAGAAAAUAAAGGGAAUGAGAAAGAAGAAAAAGAAGUAGUAUUGGAUGAUUGGGAAGAUUUUCUAAACAUAGAUGAAGAAAAUAAAAAAGAUAAAGAAGAAUAUGAAAAGAAAGAAAAAGAUAAAGAAAAAAGAGAAAAUAAGGUUGGAACUAAUGCAAAGAAAAAUGCAAAUCAAAAAAAUGAAAUGUUAACUAGAAAAGGAAAAAAAAAAAUAGAAAAUGAUACUGAUGAUUGUAGUGAAUAUAGAUCAGCAAUAGUAUGUAUAUUAGGUCAUGUAGAUACAGGAAAAACUAAAUUGUUAGAUAAAUUGAGACAUACUAAUGUUCAAGAUAAUGAAGCAGGAGGUAUAACACAACAAAUAGGAGCAACGUUUUUUCCAAGAGAUGUAUUAGAAAAAGAGAUAAAAAAGAUUGACGAAAACAUAAAGUGUUUAUCAAAAGGAAUAAUGAUAAUUGAUACUCCAGGGCAUGAGUCUUUUUAUAAUUUAAGAAAAAGAGGAUCUUCUUUAUGUGACAUAGCAAUUUUAGUAAUUGAUUUAAUGCAUGGAUUAGAACAACAAACUAAAGAAUCUAUUCAAAUAUUAAAACAAAGAAAUUGUCCUUUUGUAAUUGCAUUAAAUAAAAUUGAUAGAUUGUACAUGUGGAAUAAAAAUGAUUGGUCUCCUUUUAAUAAUACUUUUAAGAAACAAAAGCAAGAUACUCAAGAUGAAUUUUAUGACAGAUUGAGACAAAUAUUAAUUCAACUGUCAGAACAAGGUUUAAAUUGUCAAUUAUAUUGGGAAAAUACUAAUCCCCGUAAAACUGUAUCUAUUGUCCCUACUAGUGCUAUAACAGGAGAAGGAAUAGCCGAUUUAAUUAUGAUUUUAGUAAAGUUAACUCAAAGUUUUAUGCUAAAAAAUAUUCAAUAUCAUGAUAAAUUAGAAUGUACUGUUCUAGAAGUAAAAAAUAUUGAAGGCUUAGGUACUACAAUAGAUGUAAUAUUAACAAAUGGAAUAUUAAGAGAAUCAGAUACAAUCGUAUUAUGUGGAAUGAAUGGUCCCAUUGUCACUGUAAUAAGAGCAUUAUUAACACCUCAGCCUUUAAAAGAAUUAAGAAUAAAAAAUGAAUAUAUUCAUCACAAAAUGAUAAAAGCAUGUAUUGGAGUUAAAAUAUCUGCAAAUAAUUUAGAAGAAGUUUUAUGCGGUACUUCAUUAUUUGUUGCUAAUAAUACUGAAGAAAUUGAGGAGUAUAAAAAAAAAGUUAUGACUGAUAUGUCAGAUGUAUUCAGUCAUGUAGAUAAAACAGGUGUUGGUUUAUAUGUUAUGGCUAGCACAUUAGGAUCAUUAGAAGCUUUACUUAUAUUUUUGAAUGAUUCUAAAAUUCCUGUUUUUUCUGUUAAUAUUGGAACAGUACAAAAGAAGGAUGUUAAAAAAGCUAGUAUUAUGAGAGAAAAAGGAAGACCUGAGUAUUCUGUCAUUUUAGCUUUUGAUGUAAAGAUAGAUCCAGAAGCAGAAAAAGAAGCUGCCAUAUUAGGAGUAGAAAUUAUGCAGAAAGAUAUUAUUUAUCAUUUAUUUGAUGCUUUCACUAGUUAUUUAAAAAAAAUAGAAGAAGAAAAGAAACAAAGCAAAAUGACUGAUGCUAUAUUUCCAUGUGAAUUAUCCAUCAUUAAUGAUUGCAUUUUUAAUAAAAAAGACCCAAUUGUAAUGGGUGUUAAAAUUGAUAGUGGAAUUUUGAAAAUUGGUACUCCUCUUUAUAUACCUGAAAAAAAUCUAAAAAUUGGUAAUGUUGUCAGUUUAGAAUCAAAUAAAAAAAGUUGUGAUAGAGCCAGAAAAGGAGAAGAAGUAUGCAUUAAAAUAUGUGGAGAACCUCAUGUAACAUAUGGUAGACAUUUUGAUUUUAAUCAAAAAAUUUAUAGUAAAAUUACAAGAGAAAGCAUUGAUGUUUUAAAAGAAUAUUUUAGAAAUGAGUUAACAAUGGAAGAUUGGAAACUUGUAGUUCAACUUAAAAAAAUUUUUGAUAUCAUUUAA